AAUUGAUGCGAAUACGAUACACUUGCAUAUUCAUUCUUCAUUCUCCAUUUUUCUUCCCUGCGUUUCCCUUUUUCUCCAACCGUCCCGUUGAUUCCCUCCAUCUAACUUCUUCUAAUGGCAAUUCCGGUGCCUUCUUUGCGGACCACCUUGCACGCGUCGUCAUCGUCCUCGAUACCCUCGACUUCCUCUCGUUCUUCUCCUUCUACUGUUUGUGUAUUGAGUUCAACUCAAUUGAAGCCGUCCACGAGGCUAUCAACUUUCUUAACCCCUUUUGAAAUACUCAAUUAUACUUCUAGUACGAUUACACGCCCAAGUAACUGUGGCGGCGCCCUCACUGCUCGCAUGACAUGGGAGGGACCCCUCUCUUCCGUCAAAUUGAUUAUUCAGGGCAAAAAUCUAGAGUUGACUGAUCCGGUGAAGCAGCAUGUGGAAGAAAAGGUGGGAAAAGCAGUUCAAAAGCAUAGCCACUUAGUUAGGGAGGUCGACGUGAGACUAUCAGUCAGAGGAGGAGAGUUUGGGAGAGGACCCAGGACCAGGAGAUGUGAGGUAACAUUGUUUACCAAAAGGCACGGGGUGGUCAGGGCAGAGGAAGAUGCAGAGACUCUUUAUGGUAGCAUCGAUUUAGUGUCAUCAAUCAUCCAGAGGAAGUUGAGGAAGAUAAAGGAAAAGGAAUCAGACCAUGGUCGCCACAUGAAGGGAUUCAAUAGGCUGAAAGUUAGGGAGCCUGAAACGCCAGUACCUCAGGUUGAGAGAGAGAUACCCCCAGAAGAGGCGGAAGUAGUAGUAUUAUCUAAUGAGGUGGUCCGCACAAAAUACUUUGACAUGCCACCAUUGACUGUAUCUGAAGCAAUAGAACAGCUGGAAAACGUUGAUCAUGAUUUCUACGGUUUCAGAAAUGAAGACACUGGGGAGAUUAAUAUUGUAUACAAAAGAAAAGAAGGAGGUUAUGGACUCAUCAUACCCAAAGGGGAUGCUGAAGCUGAGGAAUUGGAGACUCUGGCGUUAUAGCUGACUAGAGAACACUCCCUGCUGGAUUGGGUGGCACACAUGGAAAACUCUCUUCGUAAGGACUUUAGAGCUUGUAAAUGAUCUGCGGAUACUAAUAGCCAUUGCUUUGGAGCUAGAAUGGAGGCAUUGGCAGUGAAGCGUAAAUAAGUGUUCAAAUAUGAUGUAACUUUGGACAACUGGCUAUUUUGACCUGGCAUACAGUACUUCAUACUUUGCGUUUGUUAUAAUACAUAGAUAAUCACAAUUUCAAUUCA